GACAUUGACAGUUGGUUAGGUUGGUGGCACUUGUUCCUGUUUCUUUUCUCUUUGAUUUUGAUUGCGAAGCAACAUGCCUCCAAAGAAGGAUUCGAAAUCCUCGGCUAAACAGCCACAAAAAACCCAAAAGAAAAAGGAAGGAUCUGGCGGUGGUAAAGCCAAGAAGAAGAAGUGGUCCAAAGGAAAAGUUCGUGACAAGUUGAACAAUCAAGUCCUGUUCGAUAAGGCUACUUAUGAAAAACUAUACAAAGAAGUACCAUCAUACAAAUUGAUUACUCCUUCUGUUGUAUCAGAAAGGUUGAAGGUCCGUGGUUCUUUGGCUAGAAGAGCACUAAUCGAAUUGCAACAAAAAGGACUCAUCAAACAAGUUGUCCAACACAGGGCACAGCUCAUCUACACCAGGACGACCAAGGGCGAUGAUCCAGCUGCUUAAAUUUUAAGAUAUGCUGUAUCUUUUCUUUAAUAUAAGGGAAAAAAUUUAAUUUGUGCUCCAGUAUUAUUUCAAUUAAUUUAUUGGUUAGUUUUUCAUCUGUUAGGUAUUCUUGGAUUCAACAACAAUUUGUACAAAAACUAAGGGUAAACUUGUAGUUUUACAUGAAUGCUAAAAUAAUAGCAUCUCAAAUGAACUAAAAAUAUCUUCA